GCGGAUGAAUCUGUGCAAAUCCUGACACAAUGACAUAUUUAAUGAUACACAGAAACUGGCACAGAUGGGCCUACACUUUCCACACCCCCUAGUUGGAUUGUAGAUUCGCUAUGAAUAGCCUCCCUGCAGAUACCAGCGCUUUGAUGUCAGCAAUACUGGAGGGCAUUCUCUAUGGCUUUUCAGUCCUCAUGUUUAUCGGCACUAUCUGGGCCUUGACCUACAAACGUCGGAUGCGGGAUGUCAAUCGCCCAGUCGCUGUGGUGGUCCUCCUGCUAUUGUUAGUGAGCACUGCGCACAUGGUCAUGACUAUCAUUCAUAUCGAAAAUGGACUGGUGAAGUAUCGCGAUACGUGGCUAGGCGGGCCACCGGCGUACUUCGCAGAUAUUGCGGAAGAGACAUAUGUGAUCAAACACGCGUUAUACAUUUCCCAGACUGUACUUGCUGAUGGCGUGAUGAUUCAUCGCUGUUAUGUUCUUUGGCGAUCCGUCCGGGUGAUCAUCCUACCAAGUUUGCUAUGGUGUGCCAUCAUAGUGACUGGCAUUCGCGCAGUCUACGUGAAUUCGCAAGCCACUUCCAAUCCCGGAGAUGUCUUCGCCGUCGAAGAUGCAAAGUGGAUCAUAUCAUUCAUUGCAUCGACUCUUACAAGUAAUUUGUUAUGUUCAGGACUACUGAUAUAUCGUAUCUGGAAAUCUGAACGUCGCGUAUCUAAAAUACGUGUUUCGAAGAGCACUAUGAUGCCAAUUGUGCGCAUCCUUAUGGAUGCUGCUGUUUUGUACUCUGUGAUGCUAUUCGGCCUUUUGAUUUGUUUCCUCGUCGAGAACAACGGACAAUCUGUUAUAACGGAUAUAGCCGUACCUAUCAUAUCGAUCACCUUCUACAUGGUGAUUAUUCGCCUCGCGACCAGUUGUCGACAUCACCUCCCGAGACGAACGACCGAGGAGAUAGAACAGAGAAACAUGCAAUAUCAAACGAGGCCCUUAGGGGUCCGGAUAUCCCAAUUUACUCAAGAUGACAGCACCUCAACUUAUAAAGUCGGGGACGAAGACCGACCAUCGACAGGGAUCGAAGAGAAUUAAAAGGAUAUGUUGUACUUGACAUAUAGUCAUUAUGAAAUCAUUGACAUGAAUGCCCUACUGCUAUAUUUCCUCCGGAAAUGAAUAGCUGGCCCAUCUGCUAUAGUUGCACAUUCGAGCGAGGGACAGGGUGGGCACAGUUUGAUUCUUGCAACACUCUAAGCGAGUUCACAUCACGCUG